UUAUUGUGUGAUUGGUAAAAUGACCGACUACUCGUCCACGCCGCAUUGGCACACUUGUACUAGUUCAUCAUCGAGAACAGGCUCUAGUACCGGCGGGAAUGCAAGUGUCAGCGGGCGGAACUCCUGUGCCACCGGCGCUAGUACUAGUAGUAGAUUCCUCACGUCCACAGCAUGCAGUACGAAUGGCAGUACUAGCACUAGGAGAGAAACUGACAUAAGCGAAGAAAUGGAUAUCGAUGAUGUCACCGUGCAUCGAACCGACACAUCCAGCGAGGAGGAACAUUCGCAGGUGUUUUUGAGCAUUAUAUGGAGUGCUGGAACACUUGGAGCUGCUCACUAUGACACAUCAACAUCUGAGAUGCACCUAAUGGGAGAUGUUGCUGAGACAAUGAACUAUGAACUGCUGAGAGCAAUUUUGAGCCAAAUUGAACCCUCAUCUGUAAUAACCAGCUCAAAGCAGGAUGAACGGAUGAUUAGCAUUUUAAAGCAGUCUUGGAGCAAACAAGUUGGAGAUAGCAUGGAGACAACAGAGACCAACUCAGUGCAGCUACUGCCAAGUACUGAUUUUGCCUAUGAAUACAGCAAGAGACGACUCAUGGCACUCAACCUACAAGGCAUGGAAUCAAUGUCUGACGACAAGCGACUUCUAUAUAUGAGUUCCCUGAUCAAUUUCGACAACAUAAACAUGGUGAAAGCAGCUGGAGGCUUGCUAAAGUAUCUGGAUAAGAUGAGAGUGGGAGUGCAGCUAGAGGACAAUGCUGUAAAAGUACCAGUCCUCGCACUGAAAUUCUUCUCACUGUCAGACAUGGUGCUCAUGGACGACAACACACUUCGGUCACUGCAGAUAUUUCACAAGGAGAGACAUCCGUCAGCAUACAAGGCCCCUAGCUAUGGCAAAGAGGGGCUGAGUGUAUUCGGCAUCAUGAACAAGUGUCGCUCGCGGCUGGGCGCGGUGGAGCUGCGGCUGUGGUUCCUGCGGCCGACACGCGACGUCGCCUACGAGCAGUCGCAAUACCGACGUCACCAACCAGCUGCGCGACUGCCUCAAGCAUGUCAAGAACGUAGAAUAUUGAGCAAAAUGACAACAGCACAAGCUACCAUUGGCGACUGGCAGGCUUUGUACAAGACGGCUUACAAUGCGAUAUUCAUUGGAGACAUAUGUCGUGCUGCACAGGCCUCUGAUGUUGCCAUCUUUAAGAAGAUCGGGCACGUGUUUACGGACGACCUGGAGUGUGUGGCCAGCCUCAUCAGCCGCAUCAUGGACUUUGACGAGUCCGUCGUGCAAAACCGCUUCGUCGUCAAGCUUGGCAUCGAUGAAGAGUUGGACAACAAAAAGAAGACGUUCAACGGACUGCCAGACUUCAUGACAAAGGUUGCCGGAGAAGAGCUGAAGAGACUAGACGAGAGGGUGGAGGAAUGCAAUGUCAUUUACCUGCCGCAGAUCGGAUACCUCCUAGCAAUCCCGAAGAGCGACCUCAUCGGAGAGGAGCAGAACUACCAGCUUCCAGGGCUGACGUUCAUGUUCUUUUCAAACAACGUGAUUUACUACAAAAGUGCAAGCAUGGAAGAACUCGACCAAAGGCUUGGUGACACACAGUGUGAGAUCACAGACCACGAGACGAGGAUCAUGCAUCGGCUACAGGACACGAUACUGAAGCGUGCCGAGGCACUGCGUGACGUCAUGACAUACACAGCGCAGCUCGACUGUCUAAUCUCACUGGCGACGGCAGCAAUGGAGUACAACUAUGUGCAACCUGAACUAAGCUCACGCAAUGAACUCCUCAUCACUGGAGGAAGGCACCCUCUCCAGGAGCUAUGCGUGCCCUCAUUUGUACCCAAUGACACGAGCAGUACGCACCAAGGUCGUGUCAAGGUUCUUACCGGACCAAACUCCUCUGGCAAAAGCGUCUACCUGAAACAGGUUGGCGUGAUCGUGUUUCUGGCACAUAUCGGCAGUUUUGUGCCGGCAGAGGGAGCCAAGAUCGGGCUAGUGGAUAGGAUCCUGUCCCGCAUACGUACCGAUGAGAGUGUAUCCAUCCACCUUUCCACGUUUAUGAUCGAUCUCAACCAGAUGGCGCUGUGUCUAAGGAGCGCCACGGAGCGAUCCCUGGUACUCAUCGAUGAAUUCGGCAAGGGAACGACAGCGGUUGACGGUGUGGCGUUACUGACUGCCAGCAUUGAACACUGGCUGGACAGCGGUGACAAGUGUCCCCACGUGUUCGUAUCAACGCACUACCACAUGGUCACCACCCUGCUACAGCCUACGCCACAGCUCAAACUCAUGACCAUGGAGGUGCUGGAGGAGGAAGGAGAGACGACCUAUCUCUACAACCUCGUGGACGGCAGAGCACGCAGCAGCCUCGCUCACGUCAUCGCCGCACGUGCCGGCCUGCCAGCCGAGAUCAUACGCAGGGGCAUCGAGGUGACAGAGUUGCUGCGGGCCAACAAGGCAGUGUUCAGAGUCGAUCUACCCAGAGAAAGACGAUAA